CGUAGCAUGUGAACGCACCAUAACGAGGACCCAACUUUUCCCAAUCGCCAAAUACUCGCUAACCUUCUAACGGUUUUGUAGCCAUGUCUGUGAACGAGUACAGCCUGAUUUGUAAUUUCCCAAAGUGUCGAGGCAAGUUGAGUGGCUUUGGCUGGGUGACGGCCUGCUCUCAUAUCUUCUGUGAUCGACACGGCUCUGGGGAGUUCAGCCGAACUCCGGCUAUUUGCCCUGCCUGUUCUUCUGCCCUGUCAGGAAAACUGGACAUCGUGCGUACUGAGCUGGCGCCGUCAGAGCAGUACAAGGCCAUGGUUUUGGUCGGAAUGCGACCUGAGACCAUUCUGGAUAUCAGCCAUCGAGCACUGGCCUUUUGGACAUACCAGGUAAACCAAGAAAGGUUGCUUAUGGAGUAUAGUUUGUCCAGAGCAGAAGUGCAAGUUGGCCAAAUGGAGAAGGUGAUGGCACAGCAGCAUCAAUCCAAAGAGCUUGAGCUCAGUGCACUGCGAGAAGAGAUAGCAUCACUCAAUAAGAGGCUGGAAGAAUAUAAGCGAAAAUAUAGUGAAGUUUCAGAACUUCUGAUGAAGAGAAACAGGCAAUAUCAGAAGCUACAGGGGCUGUUUGAGACCUUGAGGCUACGCACCAUGGAGGCGUCUGAGAAGGACAGACCGAACCUGGCUGCUCAUGUUUUCCCCUCUGGAAUAAUUAGACAGCACUCUCCUCACACCACUUCUCCUUUCUUAGCUGUGGGUCCAGAAGGUGACAAGCUCUUCCCUUCUUUCCUAGAACCAGAGGGCUUCAAAAGCUUUUUCCAGUUUAGCUCUCCACCAAGAGAGCAUUCCUACAUAAAGAAAAACUAACUGCAUAACAGACUUUAUGCAUC